ACAAUCUACGUAUGUGCAAAGUUCAGUCAGACCUUGAGUUGACAGACACCACACCAACAAUGGCCGGAGCAGCAAACGAUCUGAAGCUACUGGGCAUGUGGGCGAGCCCGUAUGUCCUGCGGGUGCGCCUUGCUCUCAGCAUCAAGGGCAUCAGCUACGAGUACACAGAGGAGGACCUCCGGCACAAGAGCGAGCUGCUCCUCCGGUCAAACCCCGUCCACAACAAGGUCCCCGUGCUGAUCCACGACGGCAAGCCCGUCUCCGAGUCUUGUUGA